CUUCUCUGUAUUGUUUCCACAGUCCUAGCAUGCUGAGAGCUCACCUGAACUUUGGUGAAAGGAGCCUUUAGAAGAGACAAUCAGUCAUUUAAACCAUAAAACCUAAAGAUGAGUGAAGACGGCUUGUGUGAGAAGUUUGUGUCAAUGAUCUCCAUUAAAGGAAGAUCUGAGAAAGACAUUGCUGCUCUGUCUGGUUUAACACACAAGUUUCCUAAAGUAAUCCAAACCUUCUCUCAUGAGGAUCUCCUCAAGAUCACCGAGUUCUACAAGCCUCACCUGGCUUAUGUGAUUGAAUACGACAUCACGAGUAUCCUGCAGAACCUGGCCACCAAGAACAUCCUCACCAACGAUGAGGCCAAGAGAUUCAAAGCCAAAGAAGAAAGAGAGGGGAGAGCAGGUGUGGAGUCCUUCAUCAGUGACAUAAUGAAGAUGGACAGUGUGGUACUGGUGAGUCUGUGGGAGGCGCUGGCUGAAGAACUUGUGAGAUUUCCAUCACCAAACAUGACAAGAAUACUGAAGGAGGUCACAGAGGGCGGACCAGACCUCUUGAUGAACAUUCAGGCCAGUCUCCAGCCCACUCCUAUUGACGCUCGUAUUAAAGGCCUCCAUGAUACACACAGAGGUGGUGUGUCUGAAUCUACAAGAACUCUGGAGGAUCAGGCUUCUGUUGGUGAUCCAUGCACCAGAGCUGUGGGCUUUGAGACUCGAUACACAGAGCUGAUGGUCUUUAAACAAUUCAAAAGAACUUACAGUGAGAGACUCCAUGAACUUGAGAAGACUGGAAGAACUCAUGCAGAGCUAAUAGAGGAGCGGACAAAAGAAAAAUGUGAGCGAAUCUGGACUGAGCAGCUUUUUAGUAAGAAUCCAGGAAGUGAGACAGACCCUCACAUCAUAGUGGUCAGUGGGGUGGCUGGAAUUGGGAAGACCACCAUGGUCCAGAAGAUAAUGUUUGACUGGGCCAGAGGCACUCAGUACCAGAGGUUUGCUUUUGUGUUCAUGUUUAAGUUUAGGGAGCUCAACCUACUACACACGGAGACAGAGCCACAGAUGUUUCUGACCAGGCUGAUUGUAAGGCACUAUAAAUAUCUCAAUGACCCAAGACUGACAGAAAUCCUGAAGAAACCUGAAUCUCUCCUUUUUAUAAUUGAUGGCCUGGAUGAGUUCAAACACAAACUGGACUUUACACAGGAGAAGCUUUGCUCAAACCCAGAUGACUACUUUCCUGUCCACACCCUGGUCACCAGUCUGGUCAGAAGAACAUUACUGAAGGGCUGCACAGUCCUAAUCACAACCAGACCAACAGCCCUGGAGACCUUGGACAUGGAGAGAGUUGAUCGAUUUGCAGAGAUCCUGGGGUUCUUCCCUGAACAAAGGCUGAUGUACUUUAAGAAGUUCUUUGGUGAUGCUGAUCAGGGCUCUGAGGCUUUUCAAUAUGUGGAGGAGAACGCCAUCCUGUACACCAUGUGCUUCAACCCCUCGUACUGCUGGAUUAUUUGCUCUGUGCUGAAGAGCCACUUCAUGACACCUGAAGAAGAGCGAGGAGCUGCCCCCAGAACUGUCACUGAGCUCUUUGUGAUGUUCCUUCACAACAUCCUCACCAAACACAAGAGAGAAGCCAAUGACCAGAGAGAGAUUCUGGUCAAACUAGGAAAGAUGGCUUAUUAUGGGGUGGUGAACAAGACUCUUGUGUUUUAUGACAAGAUGGAGAUGUCCACCUUUGGUCUCCAGCCAGUUCUGUCCUCUCCAUUCAUCUCAGGGUUCCUCAAAGAAAUUCUUCAGAGAGAAAGCACUCUGGAGCACACAACGUACACAUUCUACCACCUCACCAUACAGGAGUUCAUGGCCGCCUGCUCUUUUUACCUCAGUUCAUCAGGGGGCAUCGAGGAGCUGCUUGAGAAGUUGGACUCAUGUGAAGAUGGCCGGUUUGAGAUUCUCACUCGAUUUUUAGCAGGACUGGCCAGAUAUUCUGUAUUUAAAACACUGGAGGAAGUCAUGGGGGAGUUUGAGAGGAAGACAGCAAAACAGAUACUGGAGUGGGUGAAGAAGAAAGCUGAGGAGGCGCUGCGGGGACGAGAUAAAAGUGAAGCUCUGCGAGUGUGUCAGUGGCUCUAUGAGACUCAGAAUAAGAGAUUAAUCAGAGACACCAUUGGGAAGGAUUUAAAGAUGGACUUUAGAAGAACGACUUUAUCUCCUCUGGACUGUGCUGUGCUGGGCUCUGUCAUCAGCUGCUGUGGAGAACUUGAGGAGCUCAACCUGUCAGAGACAAACCUCACUCCAGAGUGCAUGAUGAGACUGGCGCCGGGGCUCAUCUGCUGCAGACGUGUCAACCUCAGGUAUUGUGAUCUCACCUCCACAUACUGCUCAGCUCUCUCCUCAGCUCUUUCUGCUCCACAUUCACGACUGACUGAACUGGACCUGUGGAAGAACAAAAACAUGGAGGAUUCAGGAGUGAAUCAGCUGUGUGAGGGGCUGAGGAGUGAAAACUGCAAAUUAGAGAAACUGAACCUGUCUGAAUGUCAUCUCACCUCCAGAUGUUCCUCAGCUCUCUCCUCAGCUCUUUCUUCUCCACACUCACAACUGACUGAACUGAACCUGAGCAACAACAACAUGGAGGACUUGGGAGUGGAUCAGCUGUGUGAGAGGCUGAGAAGUGAAAACUGCAAAUUAGAGAAACUGAACCUGUCUCAUUGUGGUCUCACCUCCAGAUGUUGCUCAGCUCUCUCCUCCUCUCUUUCUGCUCCACAUUCACGACUGACUGAACUGGACCUGAGCAACAACAACAUGGUGGAUUCAGGAGUGGAUCAGCUGUUUGAGGGGCUGAGAAGUGAAAACUGCAAAUUAAAGAAACUGAACCUGUGGUCAUGUCAUCUCACCUCCAGAUGUUGCUCAGCUCUCUCCUCAGCUCUUUCUUCUCCACACUCACGACUGACUGAACUGAACCUGAGCAACAACAACAACAUGGAGGAUUCAGGAGUGGAUCAGCUGUGUGAGGGGCUGAGGAGUGAAAACUGCAAAUUAGAGAAACUGAACCUGUCUUACUGUGGUCUCACCUCCAGAUGUUGCUCAGCUCUCUCCUCAGCUCUUUCUGCUCCACACUCACGACUGACUGAACUGAACCUGAGCUACAACAUCAACAUGGAGGAUUCAGGAUUGGAUCAGCUGUGUGAGGGGCUGAGGAGUGAAAACUGCAAAUUAGAGAAACUGAACCUGUAUCAAUGUCAUCUUACCUCCAAAAGUUGCUCAGCUCUCUCCUCAGCUCUUUCUUCUCCACACUCACGACUGACUGAACUGGACCUGAGCUUCAAUGACAACAUUGGGGAUUCAGGAGUGGAUCAGCUGUGUGAGGGGCUGAGGAGUGAAAACUGCAAAUUAGAGAAACUGAGCCUGACAUGGUGUGGUCUCACCUCCAGAUGUUGCUCAGCUCUCUCCUCAGCUCUUUCUUCUCCACACUCACGACUGACUGAACUGAACCUGAGCUACAACAACAUGGAGGAUUCAGGAGUGGAUCAGCUGUGUAGGGGGCUGAGGAGUGAAAACUGCAAAUUGGAGAAACUGAACCUGUCUCAUUGUGGUCUCACCUCCAGAUGUUGCUCAGCUCUCUCCUCAGCUCUUUCUUCUCCACACUCACAACUGACUGAACUGGACCUGAGAGGCAACAACAUGGAGGAUUCAGGAGUGGAUCAGCUGUGUGAGGGGCUGAGGAGUGAAAACUGCAAAUUAGAGAAACUGAACCUGUCUUGGUGUUAUCUCACCUCCAGAUGUUGCUCAGCUCUCUCCUCAGCUCUUUCUGCUCCACACUCACGACUGACUGAACUGAAACUGAGCGACAACAACAUGGAGGAUUCAGGAGUGGAUCAGCUGUGUGAGGGGCUGAGGAGUGAAAACUGCAAAUUAGAGAAACUGACCCUGUCUGAAUGUCGUCUCACCUCCAGAUGUUGCUCAGCUCUCUCCUCAGCUCUUUCUGCUCCACACUCACGACUGACUGAACUGGACCUGAGCAAAAACAACAUGGAGGAUUCAGGAGUGGAUCAGCUGUGUGAGGGGCUGAGGAGUGAAAACUGCAAAUUAGAGAAACUGAACCUGUUUCGUUGUGGUCUCACCUCCAGAUGUUGCUCAGCUCUCUGCUCAGCUCUUUCUUCUCUACACUCACGACUGACUGAACUGAACCUGAGGUACAACAACAUGGAGGAUUCAGGAGUGGAUCAGCUGUGUGAGGGGCUGAGGAGUGAAAACUGCAAAUUAGAGAAACUGAACCUCUGGUAUUGUCAUCUCACCUCCAGAUGUUGCUCAGCUCUCUCCUCAGCUCUUUCUUCUCUACACUCACGACUGACUGAACUGAACUUGAGCGAUAACAGCAACCUGGAGGAUUCAGGAGUGGAUCAGCUGUGUGAGGGGCUGAAGAGUGAAAACUGCAAAUUAGAGAAACUGAACCUGUCUGAUUGUCGUCUCACCUCCAGAUGUUGCUCAGCUCUCUCCUCAGCUCUUUGUGCUCCACACUUACGACUGACUGAACUAAACUUGAGCAGCAACAACAUGGAGGAUUCAGGAGUGGAUCAGCUGUGUGAGGGGCUGAGGAGUGAAAACUGCAAAUUAGAGAAACUGGACCUGUCCUCAUGUCAUCUCACCUCCAGAUGUUCCUCAGCUCUCUCCUCAGCUCUUUCUGCUCCACACUCACGACUGACUGAACUGAACCUGAGUGACAACAUCAACAUGGAGGACUCAGGAGUGGAUCAGCUGUGUGAGGGGCUGAAGAGUGAAAACUGCAAAUUAGAGAAACUGAACCUGCAUGACUGUGGUCUCACCUCCAGAUGUUCUUCAUCUCUCUCCUCAGUCUUCUCUUCUCCACACUCACAGCUGACUGAACUACACCUGAACUUCAACAAACUGGGAGAUUUAGGAGCUCAUCAGCUGUGUGAGGGUCUGCGGACCGCAAACUGUAAAUUAGAGACACUGUGGCUGGUUGAUAAUGAGAUCAGUGAGAGUGAGAUGAAGAACCUAAGGUCACUACAGGAGGAGCUGAACAGGACUGGAUGGCAGGUGGAUAUCAAGAUAUGAGAAGACAGGACAUGCUGAUCAACUGACCCUACUGACGGCGCCCCCUGUCCACUCUCUCUGAAUUUUUUUCUAAUCCCCUCAGCUCUCCUACACAUUUAAUAAACUCUCCAUGUCUUCUUCUCAGCCUGUGUGCUUCUUCUUUAAACUCACUUGUGCUUCUCCACCCUGUCACCCUGAACUGCUCAACAAACUCCACAAGUUCAGACCAGAAACCCCUGAGUUUCACCACCCAGAGAACCACAGUGAGAAUUAUCAUCUGAAACCAGUGUGGGUCCUAAAGUCCACCGAGGAGAGCAGCAGGAGUAAACACGGGUGGUCAGUCCAGUUGUAGGGUGAUGGAGAGUGAGGCCAAUCUGAUGGUGGUCUGAGCAGAAACUUCCUAAACCUACUGCUCCUCAACAUCAUGUGGUGUUGUCUGAACCCGUGUCUGCUCCACUCCUUGUUCAAUGCCUCAUUUGCACACAAUUCAUGUCAUCUUCUGUUUGUGACUGAACAGACUCUACCAUGUGCUGGUUUGGACUUCUGUGACACUUUAACACACACAAGGCUCAGGUCUCUGUCUUCUUUGUCACUCCCUUAUCGUCACUUCACUGUCACCUCCACUCGUGUCCUCUUUAGAAAGCAGUGGCCUGGACAAGUGAGCCAUUUAAAAAGAAAUGAGAGCAAAAGGAAAAGACGAGGAGAACUCAUUCCUGUUGGUGUAGAAAGUGUGAGGGACUGGCGGCCCACCCAGGGUUGGCUCCAAUGCCUGGUCUGAAUGGGUUUGAGAAAUGGAGGGAAUGAGGACACCAAACACAACUGGAAAAUAAGAGGGAGUGGAACUGGAAUGAGAGUCCAAUUACUGAGGGUUUGGAUGAUGGAGUGUGAGACCUCAGCGUGAAGCUGGACAAGGAGCAGAGUGUGGACAGAUGGACUUAGAGUGUGACACUCUACCAUUGUCCUCCUACUGCUUUAGUUCAGGAUGGUAUGAUGGACACCUUUACCACAUUCUCCAUCCCCAGGCAGCCCCAGACAAGCCCCCUCUCUUCCUGCUGUAUAACAUGUGAGGGCGCCUUGUGCAGUGUGUGCUGAAGCAGUGAGAAGAAGACCCCUGAGCUGUCAUGGAGGACCAGCUUUAUCUUCUCACAUUUGCUCCUUUCUGCUCUUCUGCUUUAACUGUGGAGAUAAACUGCACCUGCUGACACUUUGAACUGCUGGGGUCUUUUUGCAAAUUAACAUUUUACUUCAGUUUGUUCAACAUCGUCAUAUUCUUUAGUUUUGAAUUUUCACAAGUAACCAGCUGACCAAACUAUAGUGAUUGUAUGAAUGUAGCAUUUGGUUUUCAAAAAAAUAAAUAAAAUAAAAA